AUGCGCCUGCAGCUUGGGGCUGAUCUUGAAUUAUACGGCAGAGUUUUCAGGGUCGUAGAGUGUGACGAAUUUACAAGGUGGUUUUGCUUCAACGCAGGGCAUGAUGUUGGGGAGGCAGAGCUGCUUCCUGAUGACCCAUUCUUUCGUUCGGCUGUCAUGAGUCGACGCAACACCACGAGCCGUCCUGCCACACUCCAAAUCAAGAUCAAACCAGCACGUGCACUUGCAGAGGCCUCUCUUGGAAGCAGCUGCAAUAAUAAGAGCCUCCUCCAGUAUCUUCAGAACGACCGUUACGUGCUGGUGUUUAGUUGUUACUGGGAUAACCAAGAAAACUUCGGCUGCCGGACCUAUUACGACCUCCACUACUUUCUCAGCGAUGAUACGGCGGAAAUAAAAGUCAAACCCAUCAAGAACUCCGGCUGCGCUUCAUAUGCAACUUUUCUCAGGAGAGGGAGACUGCCGAAGACACUCCAGGAGCCCACGUGGUCUGAUUACAAACACAGAAGGAGCGACUGCUACGUGCCGGAAGACCUAAUUGUAGGAAAAAAUAUUGAGGUGUAUGGGCGCUCCUUUCAUUUGUACGACUGCGACGAAUUCACCCGCCAGUUCUACCGGGAGUUCCUAAGCAUUGAGCAAAGCAAAGAAACAAUUGAAGACGAGAAAUUCGAAGAGCCUCCAAUCAACUGGCCAUGUCAUUCCCUAGGGAUUGGAACAGACGAAGACACAAUUCAGUCUUGCCUCCGAAUAACCCCUAAGCGGCCGCACCCGAGAGAACGGGAGCUGUUAUUUGGAGACGACAUCACUCUUAACUUCAAGGCAAUACUUGUGAGCAAUUUCGAGGAGGACAAGGACAGAGAGUUCAGGAUAUCCAUUCGGCAUUUAACUGACAAAAUAACCGUCUUUGAAUACGCAAAACGCAAUUCAGGACAUGCUGGAGGGAAAUUCUUGGAAGCCAAUUCUCUUCCAAAUCCCUUGACUGGAAGGAAUUGCUCUGCUUGCGACUUCUUUGUGGGGGCUGAAGUCAUUCUUAAUGGGUACAAGUUCAGGAUUACUGAGGCCGAUGAGCGUACACUACAGGCUGAGUCAGGGGACCUUAUUGACGUUGACUUUCUAAAAGAAAAGCUUUCUGGCCUGCUCACUGAGCACGAGAUUCUGACGGUUAUUCGGACGGGAGCUGCAACCCAGGAACUGACAGAAGGGCAGGAAGAAGGAAAGAAGUGUCAUAGUGGUGCUAGGCAUAAUCGACGAGAAUCAGUGGUGUUUGCCCGUGCUCAAUCGCUGCUAUGUGCAAAUCACCAUGUAGGUUGGAAUUAUGAGGGUGCAGCAGACAGUCCUGUUGGUGGUUCUCUCGCCCUAGGCGGUAUCCUAAGCAACACCAGGAGAUGUAGGCUCUUUUAUGAAGACGUUACUUAG